AUGCGUAAAGUGAUUGCCAUAGACGCAACAUCUCUAAAAACGUCAUAUAAAGGCUUCUUGAUUGUCGCAACAGCUCAAGACGGUAACCGACAUUUAUAUCCACUAGCUUGGGGCAUAGUUGAUACAGAAAAUGAUGCUUCUUGGAAUUGGUUUAUGAGGAAAUUGGCAGGAGUGAUUCCUGAUAGCGAUGAUAUGGUUUUGAUUUCGGAUCGACAUCAAAGCAUCGCAAAUGCUAUUCGUGAUGUGUAUAGGAGAGCUAAACAUGCAUUUUGUGCAUAUUACAUUUCACAAAAUAUCAAGACGUUAGUCAACAAAGGAGUACAGGGGAAAAAAAACAAAAACGGAGAAAGUGUUGCUGGGAUGUUCUACAAGUGUGCAGAGUGUUAUACCGAGAAAGAGUUUUUAGAACUGUGGGAAGAUUUCUGCGAAAGGAGUGUUGAACCUGUUAAAUGGGCAAGGUGUUACUUCCCUGGUGAAAGAUAUAACCUAUUGACAACCAAUGGCGCGGAAUCGAUUAAUUCCGUGUUGAAGAAGGCGAGGACAUUACCUUUGCUUGGUUUGCUUGAUGUGAUAGUGGACAAAACAAUUGAAUGGUGGUGUAAACACAGGGCCUGUGCAUUUUCAAGUACACAGGAAUUGACGCCUGAAGUUCAUAAGGAGUUACAUAGGUGGUAUAGAACGUCCAAAGCGUUUAGUAUACGAGAGAUAAACCGCAAUUGGAAAGAAUACGAAGUGACGGAGGACAAUGGGAAAACGUAUUUCGUUGAUCUUGGAAAGAAGUGUUGCGAUUGCAAAGUGUGGGAUGUUGAUAAAUAUCCUUGUUCUCAUGCGAUAAAAGCUUUGCAUGAGCACGGUGACAAAGAAAAGUUACUUGAGUAUUGUUCAUCGUACUAUACGAGGGCCACAUGGGAAUUGGCAUAUGUUGAUAGUGUGUACCCAGUUUCUGAUAUUUCUCAUUGGGAAAUUCCUGAUCAUAUAGCGGAGUUGAAAGUCGAUCCUCCUGCUAUAAGAGACCGACGUGUUGGACGCCCGAUGACGAAUCGUAUAAAGAGUGCGGGGGAAAAACGAAUAAAGAAGAGAAAAUCGAGAUUGAAGGUAGGUGAUUCGGAGGAGGAGAAUGAAGCACAUUCAAAGAGGAUGAAGACUAAAGCCUACGAAGUCCGGGUGCAGUUACGGGAUGAAAUGUAA